UUACGGCUGUGUGUUAUGAACCAAGACCACCACUACAGGCAUAACAUUUUUAUGAGAUUUGUACACAAUGAAAACUUAACGCAUUAAGGCAUUAAAAUAUCUUUGUUUCAGUGACCUAACGCACAACAAACAUGUUCCCACGGGAUUUUGCUUGGGGAGCGGGAACUGCUGCGUAUCAAAUAGAAGGUGGCUGGCAGGCAGACGGCAAGGGACCGAGUAUCUGGGACGCAUUUUGUCACGAGAACGGCAGAGUGUUUGGGGAACAGAAUGGAGAUGUGGCCUGUAACAGCUAUGAGCUGUGGGAGAAAGACCUGGAGUGCAUCCAGCAGCUUGGAGUGACGCACUACCGCCUGUCACUCUCCUGGGCCCGCCUCCUGCCUGAUGGGACCACAAGGCAUGUCAAUCAGACAGGUGUACAGUACUACAACAAAGUGAUAGAUGAUUUGCUUGCCUGUGAUGUAUCACCCAUGGUCACCCUUUACCACUUUGACCUGCCUCAAACUCUCCAAGAUCAGGGCGGCUGGAAGUCACCUGGUAUAGCAACCCUCUUUGACAGCUACGCUAAGUUUUGUUUCCAGACAUUUGGGGACCGAGUUAAACUUUGGAUCACUAUCAAUGAGCCACAUGUAUGUGCCAAACUGGGCUAUGAAGACGGCAUCCAUGCCCCAGGGUUGAAAGAAAAAGGCACCGCAGCCUACCUAGUGGGGCAUAACAUGCUUCGUGCCCACGCCAUGGCCUGGCACAGCUACAACUCUGUAUACAGGCCACAGCAGAAGGGUGCAGUGUCUUUAGCCCUCAACAGCGACUGGUUUGAACCAUCAGACCAACAUUGCAAUGAGGAUAUAGCUGCUGCUGAACGUGACCUUGCAUUUACUCUGGGGUGGUUCGCUUGGCCUGUGUUUGUUACCGGAGACUAUCCAGAAGUAAUGAGAACUGCUAUAGACGCUCGAAGCGCGAAGUUGAGAUACAACGGUGCCUCGAGGCUGCCCAGUUUCUCAAGCGAUGACCCUGCCAUUCUAGGAACAGCUGAUUUCUUUGCUUUGAACUACUACACGUCCCGCAAAGUCAAACCAGGAGGAGGCUGCGGAGAAACAUUGUGUAUAAAGAGCGACCGAGAUGCAGAAGAGGUUUUGGAUUCGUCCUGGCCAAUUUGUGGAGUGUCUUGGCUGGCUGUAGUGCCAUACGGCUUAAGGAAACUACUAAAGUACAUUAAGGACACUUUCAACAACCCAGAAGUCUACAUCACAGAGAACGGCUUCUCUCAGGUGGGGCAGCUGCAGAUGGAGGAUGUCCAACGCUGUGAGUUUUACAAGGACACCAUCAUGGAGGUGGCUAAAGCGAUCCAUCAAGACGGGGUCAACGUCCGUGGAUAUUUUGCAUGGUCGCUGAUGGACAACUUUGAAUGGGCCGAUGGAUUCAGCGUUCGGUUUGGAUUGUUCCACGUGGACUUCUCUGAUGCAAAGCUGCGUCGAACCAUAUAUCGGUCUGGACGAGAAUAUGCAAAGAUCAUAGAAAAAUACAAAUCUGGGCAACCUAAAUGAGAGCAGUAGGCAGCUCAGGUAUUAAUACGUGGAUUCUUACAGAUGUACAAUUACUGAUGGAAAAGAAGAAACUUUUAAUGUCUCAGAUGUUGAAAAUGACCCACUAGUUUAAAUAUUCUUGUUGCUUUGUUGAACUUACAAACUACAUAUUGCAUGAACCCAGUUAACUGAAGCACCUACCACUGUAAUUCAAAGCACCACUAUUGUUCUCAAAAUACUUUUUAGUUCAGAACAUCACCAGACAACAGUCCAACAAGUAGCUUGCCUUUAAGUAAAUCUGACAUCAGCAGGCAAUAAGCCAAGAGUUGAUUCAGUGGAAUGCAAAUUAGUAUUCUGUCCUGCCCAAUUCUCAGUCAGAGUGCACAAGGACGUUUUGGAGGGCCAAGGCAGCUGUAAUCAUCCCAGACCAAGCUGCUAUGAACACCAGCAAUCAGAUGACCACGAAUAACAGCAGUGCAUACAUGCUUUAUGUGCAGAUACGAAAGCUGACCUGUUGUGGCAGUUUCUCUGCAUCUCCAGGAUCUUAUCUUCCCUUUAAAUCUACCUAUGGGAGUAUGAAGCUAUGGCAGUGAAUCUGAGAAUACAGUAUAAUACCUUGCAUCGUGUUCUGGAAGUUUGAGGCUGACUGGAAGGUUGAAGUUAUCUUCACAUGUUCUUUCAUUUUCACAUGAAAAAAAAAAAGAUAAAACUUUUAAACAUUAUUUUUGUUAAAUGUAAUUACAUUUGUUUUGGCUGCUUUGACACCCAGUCUGGAUUCAGUCUUGAAAAGUCACCAGGGUUGAUGUCGCGCUGGUUGUUUUGUAUAUUUAGUUUACUAUGAUUUUCACUUGAAACCCACAAAAAAAGAACGCAGGCACUGAUAAAGGGGUAGAGCUAAUGCCAAAACACAACCAGAUGUAAUUACACUUUGGAACAUGAGUUGCCUGUUUGUAGACUAAAAGACACAAUGCCAGUUAAAUUAUAUGAUCUAAGUGAAGUGAAACACAAGGCAAUAACAGUGCUACAGGGAUGGCAGGUUAAAGGUAGAGUAUUCGAUUCUCAUUCAGUGCACAUUUAGUCAAAUUUGCUGUUGACGGUUCACUUGCUGUCUAUUCUGAUUCUCUGUGGAUUUCCCUAAAAAUGUCAAGACCUGAAUGGUGCCAAGACAAGAACCCCUUUCAUA